GCCGUGCCACCGCCCCUCAGCGGGACACCGGUGGGGAGCGGUGCGGGCAGCGAGCGCGGAGCCAGGUGAGCGCGGACAGUGGGUGCCUGCGCCGCCCGGCCCGACCUGCCUGCACAGCCCCCAGUCAGCCACCCGGGCCUGCGGGCAUCGCCACGCGUGUCCCGGUGAGCCCUUGCCCUGUGCUGACGGAGACUGUCGCCAUGACGCUCACCAAAGGCUCCUUCACCUACUCCAACGGGGAGGAGUACCGCGGCGAGUGGAAGGAAGGUCGCAGGCACGGUGUUGGGCAGCUGACGUUUGCGGAUGGCACCACUUAUGUGGGGCACUUCGAGAACGGGCUCUUCCAUGGCUGUGGGGUGCUUACCUUCUCUGACGGCUCCAGGUAUGAGGGGGAGUUUGUGCAGGGCAAGUUCAACGGCGUAGGCGUCUUCACCCGCUGUGACAACAUGACCUUCGAGGGCGAGUUCAAAGGCGGGCGUGUGUAUGGCUUUGGUCUCCUGACCUUCCCUGACGGCUCCCACGGGGUGCCCCGCAACGAGGGCUUCUUUGAGAACAACAAGCUGUUGCGGCGGGAGAAGUGCUCAGCCAUCAUCCAGAGGGCCCAGGGUGCCUCCAAGUCUGCCCACAACCUGACAGCAUGACGGUGUCUUGUAUCCCCUCUUCUCGUGGCAGUCACUGGGUACUGGCUGGCCCCACCAACCCCAGAGAAGGGAUGUGGCGCUGCUGCGUGCUCCCCUUCCCUCCGUCCCUACCGAGUCCCCCCUGCCCAAACCACCCCCGCUGGGGGGACAGGGCCUUCUGCCCUCCACCCAAGUGCCCCAGGGCAGUUAUGGUGCCUUCUCUCUCUGGCUAUAGCCCUGGCACCUCUCGGAGCAAUGAGGGAAUGGUGUGGCCAGGGCUUGACCCCUCUGUCCCUCAGGAAGCCUGUGGAACACCAGGGCUGAUAACCUGCUGCAGAGGAUGGAGCAGGAGUGUAGGGGUUGGGGCUGGGCCCUGGCCCCACUGCCAGGGUGCCUUGGCUAGGAGCUGCUGGCUGGACCACACACCCAUGGAGGGGCAACUCCUGGCCCUCUUAGCUACCCUGGCCCCAUGGUAGGGUGUCUAGCUGGGGCACGCUCUGUCCUGCACCUUCAGCUCUGGAUGACUGGCCAGCCCCACACAUUUCCUGGACAGGGUAACAUCAUGCCUCAAGCCUACUCUUGAGGCCAGCUGAUGGGCUGUGUUCCCCUCAUUCUUGUGCCAAUCCUGUCCAUCUUCUGCCUUUGUGACAUCUGCAGCAAUAUCCCAACCAAGGGGAGCCAGGGGGGGCCCAGCCUGACCCUUGUCUGCUGCGCACUGAGGGAAGUCAAGUAUGACGGCAGGCAAGGAGCAGGGCUGACUGGAGUCCAGGAUGAGGGGCAUGAGCAGGGCUGCUGGAGAUGCCAGGGCUGGGGCAGGGGGCCUGGGCAGGGCAGGCAUGGGUAGGGGGAUGGCAAGGGACAGGAGCCACACAACUCUCUGCCCCCUGCACGCAUCCUUCCUCUGCCCCAUGGGCCCACCUUCACCCCAGUGUGGGCUGGCUGGCCGCAGCGUGGGGGUCCUGGCAGCCCUCACAGCUCGGUGGUGGGCUGCAAGGAGGGCAUGUCCCUUGUGCCCCCACCAGUCCUGACUGUGCCUUGCCAUGACCCUGCCUUGUGCUGCUGCCUGCACGGGCCUCAGCUGAGUAA